CUGGUGGUGAGCAGACUGCAUGUCUGAGCAUAGAGGCGCACAACUCAGACAAAUGCUUGAUUGCAGCUUCAUCUUAGUGACAGGAAUUAAUUAAGCAUCAUUGUUAAUUUAAAUGACUUAAAAUCUGAUCUAGAUAAACAGAUUUAUUCAGUAACAGCAAGGAAUUUUCUCUGUUGAUCUCCUGUAUUAUUUCUUGGAUUUCCUCUCUACCUCUGAGGAUUGGGAGCUUAUAACUGAGGAUGGCUCGGAUCUUCUGGAUGAUGGGUUUCGUUCUGCUCCCUCAGGGGUUCUUAUAUGUCCUUGGAGAAACUGGAGUUGGCUGCAAGAAAUGGCGUUCAACUGAUGAAGGUGUUUGCUGCGAUGAAUGCCAUCCUGGGAAUCGUGUGGUGAAAAGAUGUGGCCCAAAUCCAACAGAACUCUGCACUCCAUGUGAAAGGGACCAUUAUACUCUAAAGACUUUGUCCAGCGCAUGUAGCAUUUGCUCUCAGUGUGUUGGCGCUCUUGUCCAAUUGAAAGCGUGCACCCGUACAAGCAACACGCAGUGUGGGUGUCCAAAAGGACUGCUAUGUGGAGACAACCCCUGUACCUUCUGUGUGGACGAGUGCUCCAAAGGCUUUGAACCUAACAUAUAUCGUUCUUGCACUCCUUGCCCUAACGGGACCUUUAAUGACAAAAUUCAUCAAAAGUGUAAACCUUUGAGUACCAGCUGCAAAGAUCCAAACCAUGUUAUGGUUUUCAAAGGAAAUGCUUCUUCAGACAUUAUAUGCAAACCACCUUCAACUACAACAUCUACAAAAACUCCACCUCUAAACAAAUCCAGGAGACCUGUAGAGACAACAGAACAGGGAUGGCCAACAGUGUUAUUUGUGAUCAUCGGAGCAUUUAUGAUGUGCCUCAUCAUCUUUAUCACCCUUGCAUCUUUCCUAAUUCAUCACAAAGGAAAAAAGGAGAAGAAACAAAGAACUCUCUCGAAAACCCCUAUAAUUGGGACUCCUACAGAUGAUCCAAGGACACUGAUUGCCAUUGAGUGCAGUUUUCAUGAAGCUCAACAGGAACAGGGAAACAGCACAGAAUCAUUAAUCUCCAAGGACUCUGGAGGUACUGUGUAAAUGGAAUCGAACAAGACGGAACAUGACAUCGGCAGCUGAAGAAAACAGAUUUGUCCAAAAGAUGGGAUUCUGCAUUUUACUGAGCCAUGAGCUUAAAGAGGCUUUGUUCUUGCAUCAAUGUCCCUGGUUCCUAAUGCAGGAACUGUGAUGCUCCUCUACUGUUUGCUUAAUAGUAAUCCUUUGAUGUCUCUGUACACAUAAACAGGAGGAAGGGGAAUUCUGUGAUGGUGGAAAUAACCAAGUGGACUUCAUUGACUUUGUUCAUCAUGUAAAUGACAGCAGCCACUCUGUUCUUCCCCCAAAUUACCAACCAAGCAGAGUUCACAUGUUUUAAAAGGUCAUAUAUGUUCAGUAUGAAACACUUACAGUAUUAGUAUACUUAGUAAUAAGUAGGAAUUGUACAUUUACUGAAGCAAGUUACUGUAUUAAUUAUUAUUUUAGUGGGAAAGAGAGUUAACGUGUUCUAGAGUGUUGUUCACAUUGAAAGUACAGUGCAAGUGGGUUUUUCAGCUUUUAGUCAUUUGUCAUUUCAAGCCCACAUACGCCUCCUGGUGCAAGCGCUAGCCUUUACCUUCGUUCCAAUGUUCAACCUAGUAGUUUUUUUUUUUAAGUUUUCUUUUUUUUUUUUUUGCUGAGUGUGUUGAGCAAAUUGUGUGGUUAUUUAUAGUGUGAGUACAUAAAUGAGGCCAAGCAAGAGAAGCGCUGCUUUCGGUUAGUAUUUAAAUAUCUUCUAUAAAAAGACAAGACUAUUUUCUACAGCAGCCUGACAACGAAAGGAACAUUUCUUGUUUUAGGUCAGUCAGGGUUGUUAAUGUGUUAUAUAUGUUAAUGAGAAAAUGUGUUCUUUUAUGUGGCACCAAGAUUCUAUUUAAAGUAUGAAGAAUUGUUUUAAACAGUCAAGGGAAAUCCAGAUAAUGACGGCAGGGCUCUGUCGGUUUCUAAUAGGUUGACUCUAAGCAUUUCAGGUGAAUGGAGGUAUACUUGUGAAUGCCCUGUGAAGGAUACCUCAUACAGUAAUUUAUUAUGGAAAAAAAAAAAUCCAAGUCAUCAGGAAGAGAAUAAUGAAACUUCAAUAUCGAAAGAAAUCAGACAGACUUCACACUUUUGGAGCAAAUGAGCCUUUUAAGAGGACAGAGGACCAAAGUAAUCCUGUAAUUACCUACAAAGUAGCUUAUAUACAAGAAAUCGGUAAAUCCCAAGACCAUGAUCUUAGCCCCUUAAUUGAGGUGUGAAGAGAACCUAGAAUGUGUGAAUGUGAGCAGGAUGAUCUGCAAUCCUCACUGUUUUAAACUGUGGAAAGAUGAUCGAAAUGUUUGACCCAAGACAAAGUUUUAAAGCCACCUCUGCCAAGUAUUAAUGAAAUAUAUGUAUGCUGCAAAGUAA